AUGCGGCUCGAUAUUAAGAGGCAGCUGUUUGCCCGCUCGGAGCGGGUAAAGGGCAUCGAUUUCCACCCAACAGAGCCAUGGAUUCUUACAACACUGUACAGUGGUCACGUAUACAUUUGGUCAUACGAGUCACAGUCAAUCAUCAAAACCUUCGAGCUCACAGAUGUCCCCGUUCGUGCCGGUCGAUUCAUUGCGCGAAAGAACUGGAUCGUUUGCGGUUCAGAUGACUUCCAGCUUCGUGUUUACAACUACAACACUUCCGAGAAGAUCACCUCCUUUGAGGCACAUCCUGACUACAUUCGUUCAAUUUGCGUCCACCCAACUCAGCCCUUUGUUCUUACCGCCUCCGAUGAUAUGACAAUUAAGCUCUGGGAUUGGGAGAAGGGGUGGAAGUGUGUCCAGGUCUUCGAGGGCCAUGGUCACUAUGUGAUGGGCAUGGCGAUCAAUCCUAAAGAUACCAACACCUUUGCGUCAGCCUGUUUAGAUCGAACUGUGAAGAUCUGGAACCUGGGCUCUCCUCACGCCAAUUUCACCCUCGAGGCUCACGAGACUAAGGGUGUCAACCAUGUCGAUUAUUAUCCUGCAGCUGAUAAGCCGUAUCUUCUCACCACCUCGGAUGACAAGACCGUUAAGGUCUGGGACUACACCACUAAGGCGCUCAUCGCAACCCUCGAGGGCCACACUAGCAACGUUUCCUUCGCUUGCUACCACCCUGAAUUGCCCGUCAUCAUCUCGGGUUCUGAAGAUGGAACAAUUAAGAUCUGGCACGCCAACACCUAUCGCCUGGAGCAGUCACUAAGCUAUGGUUUGGAGCGUGCAUGGUGUAUUGCUCACCAACCAGGCCGACAAGGGGUCGCAAUGGGAUUCGAUGAUGGUGCAGUGGUUGUCAAGAUGGGUCGAGAAGAGCCUGCCGUCUCAAUGGACGGUUCCGGAAAGCUCAUCUGGGCCAAGCACAGCGAGGUGGUAUCGACUGUCAUUAAGGGUGGCGAUGCUAGCUUGAAGGAUGGCGAGCCUCUCUCAUUGCCGACAAAGGAUCUGGGCACAUGUGAAGUGUACCCGCAAACUUUGUCUCACUCCCCUAAUGGACGAUUUGUUUCCGUUUGUGGAGAUGGCGAGUAUAUUAUCUACACUGCUCUGGCGUGGAGAAACAAGGCUUUCGGCCAAGCCCUAGAUUUUGCCUGGGGUGCAAAGGACAACAGCAACGACUACGCUAUCCGCGAGUCCGCGACCAGUGUCAAGAUUUUUAAGAACUUUAAGGAGCAAAGCGGUGGUCUUGAUGUUGGAUUCCAAGCUGAAGGUCUCAGUGACGGUGUUCUGCUUGGUGUAAAGGGCCAAGGUGGUAUUGGUCUGUUCGACUGGGAGAGUGGUAAUUUGGUCCGAAGGAUCGAAGUUGACCCAAAGAAUGUCUACUGGUCUGAAUCUGGAGAGCUAGUCACACUUGCUUGUGAAGACGACUUUUACGUCCUUCGCUACUCUCGAGAGAACUAUAUUAAUGGCAUGAACAAUGGCGAAGCCGAUGAAGACGGAGUCGAGGCAGCUAUUGAGCAUGUCGCUACUAUUAAUGAGUCUGUCCGCACUGGUGAGUGGGUUGGCGACUGCUUCAUCUACACCAGCUCCACCAACCGCCUUAACUACCUUGUGGGUGACCAGACCUACACUAUCUCCCACUUCGACCAGCCCAUGUACAUUCUCGGCUACCUUCCUCGGGAUGGCCGAAUCUACCUGUCUGACAAGGAUGUCAGCGUCGUGUCAUUUGCCUUGUCCCUCAGUGUGGUAGAGUACCAGACAGUAGUGCUACGUGGUGAUCUAGAUACAGCAGCAGAGCUGCUCCAGGAUGUGCCUCAAGAUCAAAUGAACAAGAUUGCCCGUUUCCUCGAGGGUCAAGGGUACAAGGAGCUGGCUCUCGAGGUUGCAACCGACCCAGAGCAUCGAUUUGACCUGGCUCUCUCACUCAAUGACCUCCAGACUGCCCUUGUGAUUGUUCGUGAGACCAGUGUGGACUCCCCGCACAAGUGGAAGACUGUUGGCGAUGCUGCUCUAGCUUCUUGGAACCUCUCACUGGCCCAGGAGUGCUUUUCCAACGCCAAGGAUUUCGGUUCUCUCUUGUUGGUGCAUACAGCCAGUAACAACCGCGAGGGACUCCGUACUUUGGCUACGCAAGCCUCUGAGGCAGGUCUUCACAAUGUUGCCUUCUCGACUCUAUGGUCUCUCGGUGACGUCGAUGGCUGCAUUGACCUUCUCGUCCAGACUAACCGCGCUGCCGAGGCCGUUCUUUUUGCUCAGACCUAUAAGCCCUCUCGUGCACCCGAGCUUGUAGUUCAAUGGAAGAGCUCUCUUGAGACAUCAGGAAAGAGCAAGGUUGCCCGUCUGAUCGGUGUUCCACCCGGUGCCCCGGACACUAUUACAACUGAUGAUGAUCUUUUCCCCGAGUGGGAUGAGUACAUCCGCAUCGAGAAGGAAGGUGUUGUUCCUGAGCCUCCUUCAUCGGAGUCUUUGAUUGACAUCCACGCCGAUGAUGAAACGGAGCCCGCGACCGCAACAAAUGGCGGCCCUGAGGUCGAGGCCGAAGUUGAGACUGAAGUGGAAGCAGCAGAGGAAGAGUUGGCCGAGGCUGAAGCCGAGACUGAGGAGUAA